AUGCCAGGUUUCCCACCUACAAACAAGCAGGGUGCGCGAUGCCCCAUCUGUACAGCGAGCGGAGAGCCAGGCAGGCCCGCCCCUCGGCCGGAGCCGGCAUCCAGCCUGCGCCUGCUUCUGUACAGCCCUCGAGCUCGGGAUGCUUUGUACGUUUUCAAAAACAGAGACGAGUAUGUGACUGAGACCCUAAGGCAGGCCAAACAGUCACCCCAGCCCUGCCUUACAGGCUGUGUGGGCCACACAGCGCAGGCCGGGGCCUGGCUCAAAGGAAGCAAGCAGUACGAAGUGAUGCAUGCAACAGAGCUAUUAGCGUUUGAAAAACAAACUGCCUCCUGA